AUGGAGCAUGAUGGCACCAACAUCGAAUACUCCCACCAUGAAGCCAAACAGUCAAUUAUUACACCGCGAGAAGACUCAAUUGAAAAGAUGGAGCCCUCUACGAAGCUAGCCGCUGAACAAGUUUCUUCCACAACAUCAGGAGUACAAAGACCAUCUACAAAGUCUGAAGCCGAACCCAGAUCCGACAACGCAUCACUAUCCGCUUCUCCAAGUAUUGCCAGUCGUGUACAAGUUUCGUAUGCAGAAAAAAAUCUAGAAGCAGGGGAUAAGACUGAAAAUGCUUUAUACUCAACUUCUAAUGCGGUUCGGGAACCCCAAGGGCCACCGUGUGGUGCUAGAAACAUGGGUUUAGGUCCCACCAAUUCGAUUAAUUUCUACAAGUUGCCCGCAGAGAUUCAAUGCAUGAUAAUUAAAGGAUGUAUCCCGAAACGCAAUCAUAUUCGUCUGUUCUCAGUCAGCCUGGAUCUCAAUAAUCAAAUACUACUUAAAGAGGAGAUUGACCGGAAACAUACAUCGUUUUUGUUUGUCUCAAGGGCAAUUCGUAAAAUUUAUCUACACCAUCUGCCAGUAGUUCUACCAUCUCUCGACAAGAACAUCCCAGUAUGUAUUCACCAAGACACGACUGUCAUUCUCAGGAUGGAACAGCCAGAUCGUAGUAGCAUUAGGAUAUGCUACAGAGGGAAAAUUCCAGCAUGUUUCAGUGAGAUUCGGUACCUUGCUGUUCCCCUAAACUUAUUCUCCUUCUUUAACAUUACAGCUGAUGUGUGUAGUCGCGGUGAAAGAAUACAAGAGCUUGCGGUAGCUCAUAACAUUAGUUUCUUGAGCAGACUGAUCUUUGCCUGUCCCAACCUGCGUUCUUUAACCGCUGUUCAGCUUAAUACAACAGAGAAAUGGCAUCUUAGAGGACUGAAUGAUCCGGAUAGUCUAGUUGUUCCAGAAGUAUUCUCCUCUUUACUCAGAUGGAACCUUGAAUCUCUGGCCAAUUUCCUCAACUUGCAACGAACGAUGACCGGUUAUCGGAGCAAAGAGCUAGCAUGCCGUGUUAUGGUUUUUACCUUGGGCAGCUGGGUGACAGUACAGUGA